GAAUAUUUCUAAACUGUUACAUCAACUCUUUCUCUUUUGCUUCAUCGAUAUUUUUGGGUAUCCCACCUCUAUUUACAAUGGCUUCCAUUGCUCCAGGUGAUCUUAAUUAUUUCACCUGUACUUUGGGUGAAGCCAAUAGUAGAAAAUUAACUCCAGUCGAUGAAUAUGACACAAUCAAUGAACUCCUCGAUCAUCACGCUGCGAAGUAUGGAGACCAAUUAGCUAUAGCGAUCCCUGAAGAAAUCGUCAAUAGGAAGGAUUCUGAAGAGGACUCAAAUUCUGGAUCGUCUUAUGGUAGCAAGCGAGUAUUGAAUGAUCAUGGAGGAUCUUCGUCUGCUAGUAAUGGAAGAAAAGAUACGAGACAUACCUCACCGGGAAAGAUUCCAGCGCGGGUUUCGAAUGGCAAUGGAGUCAAUGUCGCUGAUACUGAAGUGGCCUCUACUGAAUGGAAAGUCCAUCUUUAUAAUUUCCAAGAACUUCGAGAUUGUUCAUUGAGAUUGUCCCACAAAUUAGCAUCUUCCGAGGAGCUUUUUCCAUUUGAUAUUAUGACCGUAAGAGAUUUGAGACGCCCCAAGUGCGUUGGUCUCAUGGGUAGAAGUGAUUCGGCUUUUCUAUUCAGGUGGCUGGCAUUAAUGCGAUUGGGAGCAUCAGUUAUGAUUAUGGUGCCAUCACUUAGCUCGGAAGCUGUCCAGCAUCUUUGCAAACAAUGCGAUAUUGAUAUUGUGUUUUACGACGUUGACCUCCGACGACAAUAUGUGGAAAUCCAGAAACUCGAGAGGAUAUCACGCAAUAGUCCACUGCAAAUGCGGGGGUAUUCAAGGACAUCUACUAUGGAGUUAGUUUCACAUGCCGAGAGAAAUCCAUCAUACAUUCCAUCGUGUAAGGUCACGGGCAAAAGCCCAGCUUACAAUCAUCAUACCUCUGGCACCUCUGGCCUUCCGAAGCCCGUUCCCUACACUCACCAUGUUGCAUGCGGAGUUCUGCCAAUUUUGGAUGGUCGAGGAACAUUGACCUUUACCACAACACCUUUAUAUACUGGCGGCAUUGCAGAUUGUUUGCGUGCUUGGACUAGUUUAUCAACAAUCUGUCUUGCUCCUGAUAGUCAGCACCCACUUACUUCGGAGACAAUCAUUAAUUGUUUCUCGCAAAUAAAAGAGAAGUAUGAAUCAUCUAUAUGUAAAAUGCAUGAAUUCAGAACACGUCCCAGGUCAAAAUCGCUUACGCGUAGAUUGUCCAAUCAAAUUCCAAAGUCAAAGUACUUCUCUUGUGUCCCGACGAUAGCGCAAAUGCUUUCUACGACAUCCAAAGGACUUCAAUUUCUUCGUACGAUGGACAUUGUGGGUGUGGGUGGUGCUAGUUUGCCAGAAGAAGAUGGAAAACUGCUCAUCUCUGAAGGAAUCAAUCUUGUUUCUCGUUAUGGUAGUGCAGAGUGUUCAUUUCUUCUCUCGACCCACCGAGAUUACAAAACCGACAAAGAGUGGCAAUAUUUCAGAGCUCCUGAAGGUGUUAAAUCUCUCAAGUUUGAACCACUAAAUGAUGGUUCUAACAGGUUUGAAUUGGUGGUUAUGAGUGACUGGCCACAAUUUCCAAAGGCAAAUCGAGAGGAUGGGUGCUUUGCAACAAGUGAUUUAUUUGAGCCACAUCCUUCUAUAAAGAAUGCAUGGAAACAUGUUGGUAGAGGUGAUGCUCAAAUCACUCUUUCGACUGGGAAGAAAUUCGAUCCUAUUUACACUGAAGAAGCACUGAAGAGAUUCCCCGAUAUACAAGAUGCAUUUGUGUUUGGGAAUGGACAGAUGUAUCCUGGAGCAAUAAUCAUCAAGUCUCAGAACGCUGCAAGUAAUUUUAGCGAUGAUGAAUUCAGAGACUUGAUCUGGCCGUAUGUCGAGGACGUGAACAAAACGGCCCCAGCCCAUGCGAAGAUUUACAAAGACAUGUUAGUCUUAAAGCCACACACCGAAUCUUUGGAAAAAACAGCAAAAGGAACCACAAAGAGGCAAAGUGCCCACAUGCACUAUGAUUCCGAUAUCAAAAGUGCUUAUAAUGGUGAUGCGUCAGCAUUCAACAGUGACGUCUCGUUAGAAAGUGUAAUGGAAGCUGUCAAAACAGCCAUUGGCGCUCCGAUUGACCUGGAAUAUGACUCGGACUUUCGGGCUCAUCACAUCGAUUCUGUUCAGGCGACGCGGAUUCGAUCGCAUAUCAAUUUGGCAUUCUUCCGCGGGUCUAAAUCCUUUCCUUGGAACUUAGUCUACCAAUGUGGUAGUGUCACAGCGCUUACCGAAUACAUCAAAGCCUCUCAGAAUGGAUCGAUUCCUGAGAGUGAGAAGGAUGAAGCGGAUCAGAUGAACAACAUGGUUGAACGCUUUAGUAAAUCGUUCAAGGACGAAACAGAAUCAUGUGAAAAAUCUGACAAAGAAACCAUAAUUGUAACUGGAGUCACCGGUACUCUUGGUAUGAACAUCGUCGAUUUGUUGCGACAUAUGACUACAAGUCAUAAGACAAUUCGGAUCGUUUGCUUCAUUCGAGCCAAAAAUGACGAACAAGCUCGUGAGAGAGUAGAAGAAGUGUGGCAGUCUCAUUAUCCCGAGAAUUCGAAGUUUGCUACCCAAGAUAUCGAAUGCAGAGCUGUGAAACUAGAUCAAAUUGAGUUGGGCCUUUCAAGAGAUGUGUUGGAAGAUCUUCGUCAAAAUUCUACCACAAUCAUUCAUGCAGCCUGGGAAGUUAAUUUCUCUAUUCCCUUGAAAGAUUUCACCGAGCAGUUUCAAGGAAUUCGCAACUUGAUAAACUUCUCCCUGUCCGGGAAAGCACCGAAACAUCUUGUCUUCUGUUCAUCUACUGCAAGCGUGGCUAAUACCAAAAUCGACGAGGUGGGCAAGGAGGAGGACAAGGAGGAGGACUUCAGAAUUGUAGAAAGUAUAAACCGCAAUCCUUUGGAUGCUGGUCCGUUGGGUUACUCGAAGAGUAAGUGGGUUGCUGAAGCAAUCUGCUCUUCAGCAUGUCAAACGACAAGAGCAAAUAUUAGUAUUGUGAGAAUCGGUCAACUGUCAGGCAAUACUUUCAAUGGAAGCUGGAACGAAAAGGAAGCAUGGCCACUAAUGCUAAGCACCGGAGGCCCUGAGUGUCUUAAUUCUUUACCUGAUCUCGAUAUUCCACUUUCCUGGCUUCCAGUCAAUACCGCAGCUGCAGCAGUGGUUGAAAUUGCUUUUCAUAAAAAGAUUUCAAGGAAUCCUCUACAACCACACCCGACCCCACACGAAGCAAGUGUGUUUCAUCUAGUAAAUAACUCAACAGCCAUAACAUGGAAGCACUUGUUGAAAUGGAUUGGUCACGAGGGCAAGACUGAGGAAUUCGGAAGAUGGCUGCAACGUGCCGAGUCGCCGAGUCCCAAGGGAUUGAAAGAAAAUCACCCUGCAAGAUCAUUACUUGGCUUUUGGAAAGAUAUGGAAAAGCAGAACAAGAAGAAAUCUACCAAAAAGGCAACAUUUGGUCUUCUAAGAACAAGGCAGAUUUCUCCUACGAUGAGCGACUUCACUGACAUUAAUGAGGUAUAUGUGAAAAGUAUCUGGGGAUGGGUUCAAGCUAUUGCACGAAAGUGGGAAGAUGAGAAUAACGAUGGACCAAAGAAGAAAGCUUCCUCAUUGAAAUCAGAAGCUUCUUUGAGAGCGGAAUCACCUGUGGGAUCGGAAGCGUCUCUGGCAAAGGAUUCAGCAUCAUCCAUAAAAUCGGAGGAUGAUGAAGGUGUUAGUGGUAUUAAAGGUAUCCCAAAGAGAGAUGGACGCACCUCGAUUGACUUGUCCUUGGGAUCGGAUUUAAAUGUUCCUCAAAAAAAGUAGGCUCAAUUGCUGGCCAUGAUGGACUCCACCCCUUAUCCUUAUAAUAAUAAUAAGUAUGUUAUGGAUAUGGCUUAACUCAGGGGUGUUUCGUAGUAUGGUAUGGGUCAAUUGUGAGGUAAUCACUAUAUCCAUGUAUUAUUAACAGAGUAUUAUUUUACCAAUAAAAAGCA